AUGGCCCCCCCUCGCGUCGGCCAGUCGGUGGAUACCAUCGCCGACCUUCUUAGUGCCAACUGCCAACUAACUAUACGUAUCAACUUGCAAGUCCAACGUCCACAGGUACAAGAUCGGGUGGACCAGCGGACACUGUUGAUAGCGUCAGAGAUGGGGUUCAUAAACGACAAUCUCGGAAUACUCUACCUUGGGGUGGCCACGGCCAUCUAUCUACGGCCGGAGUUGGCCGUUAUUGGGGGGUCUCGAGCAGCAACGACGCUUCUGGGACUCCUCGCCGUGAUCACUUGGAAGAUUGUCUAUGCUCUAGCACUGUAUCCGAGCUUCUUUACGCCAUUGAAGCAUAUUCCUACUCCUGGAAACCGAAGCCUACUAUGUGGCAAUGCGGAAACAUACUAUCCAAAGACCCCUUGGCCGGCAUUGAAAGACUGGGCUGAGAACUUGUCCAACGAGGGCCUGAUUCGGUACUACUUGGUGGGCAAUCUCGAGCGAGUCUUUCUGACGAGCCCCAAAGCCCUCAGCGAGCUGCUGGUGACCAAGAACUACGACUUUGAGAAGCCGUUGCUGGUGAGGCAGACUCUGAGUCGAGUUGUCGGUAAUGGGAUAUUGCUCGCUGAGGGAGAGGUGCACAAGAUUCAACGCAAAAACUUGAUGCCGGCUUUUGCGUACCGUCACAUCAAAGACCUCUAUCCUGUGUUCUGGAGUAAAGGUGCCGAGAUGGUCAAUUUGAUUCAGGAGGACCUGGAGCGCAGGAAAUCGGCAGGUGAAGAGGAUAUCCAAAUCAAUGUCCGUAACUGGGCCAGUCGCGCGACGCUUGAUAUCAUCGGCGUCGCCGGGAUGGAUCACGACUUUGACUCUCUGCGGGAUCCUACGAACAGACUUAGUCGAUCUUACCAGCAGAUCUUCACGUCCCCCGGUCUUGGUGCAAAGGCCAUGUUCGUCAUUGGGGCUCUUAUGGGAAGUGUUCGUCUUCUCCACAUGCUACCUACAGGGCGCAACAAACGCAUUGGCGAGGGGGGCAAAGUCAUCCGUGACGUGGCCCGACAGAUGAUCAGGAUGAAGAGGGAAAAGAUGAAGAACUCGACUGCGUCAACAGGCAUCGAUAUUAUAUCUGUUGCAAUGCAAAGCGGUGUUAUGGACGAAGAAAAUCUCGUUGAUCAGUUGAUGACCUUCCUCGGCGCCGGGCACGAAACCACCGCUUCGGCGAUGCAAUGGGCCGUCUAUGCACUCUGCAAGAACCCCGAAGUCCAGACCAAGCUUCGGGAAGAGAUUCGCGCUCAUCUUCCACCUCUCUCGAAAGACUCCCCUAACACCAUCGAUGCAUCCAUUAUCGACGACCUCCCCUACCUCCACGCGGUCUGCAACGAAGUUCUCCGCUUCCAUCCCUCCGUCCCCGGCACAAUUCGCACGGCUGUGAGAGACACAUCGCUCGCGGGAACCCCCAUUCCCAAGGGCACCGUGUUGACUAUCGCUCCUGAGGUUAUCAAUCACCUCGAGGAGUUCUGGGGACCCGACGCACACAAGUUCAACCCGGAGCGAUUCAUGGGCCCCGGCAAAGCCAACACGGGCGGCGCCACCAGCAACUAUGCCUUUCUGACUUUUCUGCACGGCCCGCGCAGCUGUAUCGGCCAGGGCUUCGCCAAGGCCGAGCUGGCCUGUCUACUGGCCGUCACUGUUGGACGAUUCCACAUCGAACUGAGAUAUCCCGAUCGCAAGCUUGAACUUCGUGAGGGGGCUACUGUGGCCCCUGAGGAUGGCGUGCCGGCCAUCUUUACCCCGAUCGAGGGCUGGUAG